CCGGGUUGGUGGGGAAUGGGAGAGCGCAGCCAUCCCAAAAUUGCUUGCAGUGAGUCAGAUAGCAUCCCGGGGAAUGAGCGAGGGAGGAAUGCAGUUUCUGGCAGGUGUAAACUGCCGGGGGUUGAAUCAGAGGUGAGGUUUAAGGAAACUUAGAGAGAAAGAGAGAGAGAGAAUUUUGCAAAGUGUUCCAGGUGAAUUCAACUUCACAGGUUCGAGGUUGCACUUCUGUUUAAGAAUACAGCCGUGUUUACAAAUAAAGAUAUAGCGACUUUGACUGGAUCUGAAAAGUUAAAUACCCCUACCAUUUAUUAAAACUUUUAAAAGAAUUGAUUUUUUUUUUACAAAGGUUAAAUCUUGAGCUCCUGUGAGAAUGCUUAGGUACUUUUUUAAAGCGCUGUAUUGGCUGACGAAAUAAUCUGUGAAGACCUGUUAAAAGUGCAACAGGUAGACUCCAGAAGACUGGACAAUGCUGGAUGGACCUGGGAGUUGUGUUCGGUAUACUCCAUGCUAAGGACUCCAUGUCUGGAUGUGCUUCUGCUCCGGACCCUUGCUGCUGACCCGCACCGAUCUGCUGCCUGUGGAGCUGGAAGCAAUGCACCGGGGCUUGGGGAACACGGGCAGCGCAGCGCAGACUCCCCCGGGGGGUGGUCAGACCCCCGGCACAGGGACCCCGCAGCUCACCGAGCUGGUCCGGGAUUUCGCAGACACCCUGGCCCAGUUUAAGGACACGCUUCAGGUUGAAGCGGAUGUUCCUGUGGAGCCUGAGCUGGUUCAGGAGCGCCUGACGGCAAUGCUGUUGGCUCUGGAGCUCGCCAUCGAUCACUACCCAUCACUGAAUCCUAACAACAUCCUCCUGGAGACUGCAGCCAUGGUGGUGAAUAUGGUACAGGGUUUAAGUGCUCAAGACCAAAGCAACGAAAAACCAAGACGUUACAGUGAAAUAUUCCGGGAGCUGGAUGCAUUUGAAAUUUCCUUUGGAAACUCCACGGUGGACCUUUUCAUGACAGAAGCAGACAGCAGCUUAACUUCCCCAGAACAAUCUCCAGAAGAGGAGAGCCUGGUGAAUGAGGAUUUCUUCCCGGAAUGCCAUGAUCACGUAAUGGAGGAGAGGGAUGAACUCCAAAAUUCAGUGGAGGAAGCUGAUGGAAUGCUGCUUAAGUGUGUAGGAGGUGUGGAGUCAGCCCUGCUAUAUGCCAAACUCUGGGCCAAGUACACAAAGGACCUGCUGUCAUGGAUGGAGAAGCGAACUUCUGCUGAGAUUGAAUUCUCGAAGAACAUAAUUAAAAUGGCAGAAACAAGCAAGAAUUUGAUCAACCAAGAGAAAUUCAUGCCUUUCCAAUACACCUACACAAUGGCCUUGCAGCAUGACAUCCAGCAAGGAGAUAAGACAAUUAAAACCAUGAGUUUGCUGCAACAGAGUAAAUACACUCAGCCGCUCAUGAUGAAAAAAAAUGAGGUGGAAAAACAACGACGAGAAUUCAAGGAGCAAUGGCAAAAAGAGCAGCGUAAAAUGAAUGAUGCCUUAACGGCGCUGCGGAAAUCCAAACACAUGUAUUUCCAGCGUUGCGAGGAAUUUGAAAAAGCAAAACUGCAAAGUGCCAAGGCAGAGGAAGAACAGCUCUCGCUGAGUAUGAGUGGUACUAAUCCAGGUAGCGCCAGUAAGCACCUAGAGAAACGCAGGCGGUCAAAGGAUGAAGCACAGUUGAAGGUUCAGGAGGCUGAAGCACAUUAUAAGCACUGUGUCCAUGAGGCCAACUUCAGACGCAAAGAAAUGGAGAAAAUGAAAGUGGAAAUCAUAACGCAGCUUCGCAAACUCAUCUGCCGUGGUGAUCACAUACUAAAACUGGUCUCUAUGAACAUGUUCGAAAUGAAGCAGGAGCAGGUCCAACAAGUGCCAUCUUCCUUACACUCACUGCAUGAAAACAUGAAACUACAUGAACCUGCCCAGAAAUAUUUUGAAUUUAUUCAAAACUUGGACAAGAAGAUGCUGUCCACAGAGAGCUAUGAAUUUGAGGAAUUUUCUACCCCCAGCAGGAGGUCCUCCCCCACUGGAAGGAGAAAAAGUGCUGCCCCGCUGACCCAUCGAACAUCGGCAUCCUCUGGUGAUUUUCCAAAUAUGCCGGAUGAGCUUGAAAGCAAGCUCACGUUUCAUAAUACAGCUGGAACUAAACCUGGUUUAAGUGAUUCAGAAAGUACCGGAGCCAGCAGUGAGUCACGUUCCCUUGAUUCACCGAUGUCCAGUCCAGCUCAUUUUGGAAGGAAAUUACCAAAACCCACAGUAUCAGGGAUGUCUCCAGAUGAUUUUGAUGAGAGGGAUGGGAACCAGUUGCAAGAUAAUGAUUUGGCAGAUUUAAUGAAUGAGACGUCGAGAACACCAACAACCUUCAAAAAUAUUGUGCUCUCUAGAGCAGCACAGACACACCGAUUUCGGAAACUCAGGGCCCCAACCAAAUGCCGAGAGUGUGACAGCCUUAUUGUGGUGAAUGGCGCUGAGUGUGAGGAGUGCUACCUGGCAUGUCAUAGGAAGUGCCUCGAGUCCAUUGCCAUUUUGUGCGGGCACCGUAAGCUGCAGACCAAGAUCUCUCUAUUUGGAGUAGACUUUGCACAGGCACCGAGAGAGACAGCUGAUGAGGUGCCCUUCAUCAUCAGAAACUGCACAGCAGAGAUAGAGCGGCGGGCACUUGGCAUACAGGGAAUCUAUCGAAUGAAUGGUUCAAAGAUACGCAUCGCCAAACUGCGCCAAUCUUUUGAAAAUGGGAGGGACCUCACCGACAUGUCUGAAAACCCGCCUCACGACAUCACAAACCUGUUGACCCUGUACCUUCGAGAGCUCCCAGAGCCAAUUGUUCUCUUCAGCCUCUAUGAUGAUUUUAUGAAGUUUGCCAAAGAGCUACAACAGGCCUACGAGGAGCUGAAGGAUUGUCAGGCCAAGGGAAUACCCACAGCUACUGAUAAAUUACCACAACUCAUCCAGCAGGCCAAGGUCUUGCUGCAGAAUCUUCCAGUUUCCAACUACAACACUCUGGAGCACCUUAUCGGGCAUCUCCACAGAGUGGCAGCACGAUGUGAAGAAAACAAGAUGUCACCGAAUAAUUUGGGAAUAAUCUUUGGCCCCACACUAAUUAGACCUCAGGCUUUGGAAGAUGCUGUUUCAAUGACUUCCUUGGUGAACUCUGGAUACCAGGCUCAAGUUGUAGAAUUCCUAAUCAUGCAGUACAAUCAGAUAUUUGAGCCCAAAGAAGGUCUCAGUUCUUGGGCUGAUGCAGCCAAGAAUUCUCCGAUGGAACGUACCGCAAACAGAGCAGACGAGGCUCUGAGUUCGGCAAAAAGCAGGAGCCAAUCUUCAGAGAGCCUGGUUCUGAAGCGACAUUCAAGUGAAGGGUAUGUGUCAGACAGAUCCUCAUCAAACGAAGCACUUGAUGACACUCAAGACCAACGAAGAGUCAGCUCUGACAGCUGUGACAUAGCAGGCCUGGCGGAUGGAGCGCCAGCGGUCUCGGACGACAGCCGCUCUCUGGAUGGCCAGGACUUGGAGUGCGACGGCAGCGGUGACUGCUCCUCGCGGUGCGCCUUCAACCGGCAGCCCGGCAAAUACCAGCGCUACGGCCAGGCCAAAACCCGGCCCGUCAUCCCCAGGCCCUCGGCUCUUCCCAUCAUCACAGCCAACAUGCCAGCGACGGCUGAGUCACCCGAGCCAGUGGCAGCCGAUGGCGGGGCAGCGGGUGCCGACACAGAGAGGCGAGCCCGGGCCAAGACCGCCGGCUCCAGUCGGAGCUCCUCGCCGGACAGUGGCACCCUGCGACGCGCCGGCGGCAAGCACAAACGGUUUGAGAUGACAGUCGGGACGGCUCGCCUGGUGUCCAAGCUGCAGGAGAGGCGGCGGGUGGAGAGCGCCGAGGCAGCCGGGCUCCUGCCAACACCUGACGGCGGCCAGGCCUCGGCGGCCACAGCGCACCCGGGGGACUUCGAAACAGAGCACGCCCAGCACGCGGCUGCCGCCAACGACAAUGCCCUGCAGGGGAGCCUCGAAUCGGAGUGGUCGCAGCAUGUGACCGCAGCGGGCCAAUCUGAGACGGAGCAGGCAUGGGCGCAGGAAGGCGCAGAGCCGCCGGGUUGCCUCAAGGCAGAGCACACGGAUGCCAGCUUGAACACGAACCAAUCAAACAACGUCUCGAGCGAGCAGGCGUUGACGCAGGAGCGGCGGGACGUCGCGAGGAUGCUGUACGUGCUGCGUCACCGGCAAAGCCUGGAGGGCAGGGAGGCUUACUUCGUGUGAGUGGGCAGGACGACACUGGUGUCAGCUGACUCUGACCCCCAUCAAAGUGACCAAUCAGGCGAGAGCGGGGGAGCAGGGGACCUGGUCCACCUCAGUGGAUGGAGACCCAAGGGCUUCUUCAUCUCAUUAAACGGGACAGAUGUAUAUUUUGCAAAUGUGUCUUUGUAAGAGACACAGAUAUUCUCUCGUAAUGAUUUCGGUUCCUUACGAUUUUUUUCUAAUAUAAGGGACCUUUAUCAAUGAGAUAAAGAUUGCUAACCACUUUUGGGCUGGUAUCCAGUUAUUUCAGUGCAACGUUGGUGGGACCUCCGCUCACCUUAUGUUUGGGAGGAUCACGGCCAAUGUGGCUGGUGGAGCACAGAUCUCUGGAACUCAUGACUAUUCAGAACAGGUGAGCCAAAAUAAAGGGAACUGGCGAUUCAUUUCUGCAUAAUUACUAAUUAUGAUUGUGAUUGAAGGAUAAAUACAGACCAGAACCCCCUCUGUUCCUCUUUGAAAUGGGGUGAUUAGAGGGCAAAAAACUCAUUUGCUAGAUGAUAUCUCCAACAAUGCAACACAUGGUCAAUACUGCACUAAGGUAGCAAUGUGGAAUGUUGUACUUCAACCUCUUGAGUGGGAAUUGAAUCCACAACUUUCUGUUUCAGUGAGAGAGCUACUAACUGAGCCUUCAGAUGACAGUGUCAUAAAAUCCAACUCUUCCACAGAGAAUGAAGGAUGCCCUCCUUACCUACUCGGUGUUGAUCUUCUGAAGUUUGUAUUCAAAAGGAAUUAUGGAAGGUCCAUGGGCUGGGAAGUCUUGAGGGUCUCUGUGAAAGGGAAGAUCUAGGCUGCUAUUUAUACAACUUGCUUUCUUGUAUGUUGCUGUGCC